GUGUGGCUUUUCAUUACCGUGUUUCUGUUGGAGACAGGAAGUGCAGGUUUCAGUUCGCAUUACAUUUACAGGGAUUCGAUCUAGCUCUGGGGUGAAGUAAUAGUUCGAAGUUUUGAAAGUAUGGUGACACUAUCUGCACAGAAGCUGGACGGCGGUUAUCAGAAAUAGGAAGUGUGGCUUUAAUCGACACAGAAGCGCGGCAGUUAUUAGCCUCAGGAUACUUUUGAUAGGUUUAGGUGAGAGGCGUGGCUCCAAAGCUCGACUGUGAUUGGUCGGGAUCGGGUUGCCGGAGUGAUGGAGUGUGGCUCACUCUAGUCCCGAUGGUUACACAAAGACCCAACGUGUGGCUUCAUUUGCACAGUUGGCAGUUAGGACCGAGGGUACAUCCUGAGAUAUUGAGACCCAGCGGACUUGACGAUGGGCUCUGGUCCGGAAUGGAUCUGAGGCCAAUUUCUCAGGGUUUUGAACAGAAUAGCGGGGCCAUGGCAGCCUCGAAGUUGCUGACCCCGGAGCUAAGCGAGGCAGAGACGAUGGAUGCGGAGACUGCGCGGUUCGAGGAGCUGCUCCUGCAGGCCUCCAAGGAACUCCAGCAAGCCCAGACAACCAGACCAGAAUCUACACAGAUCCAACCUCAACCUGGUUUUUGCAUAAAGACCAACUCGUCGGAAGGGAAGGUUUUCAUCAACAUCUGUCACUCUGCCUCCAUCCCUCCUCCGGCUGACAUGACCGAGGACAAGCUGCUUCAAAUGCUAGAGGAGGACCAGGCGGGAUUUCGCAUCCCCAUGAGCCUGGGAGAGCCUCAUGCCGAGCUGGAUGCAAAAGGCCAGGGCUGUACCGCCUACGACGUAGCUGUCAACAGCGACUUCUACUGGAGGAUGCAGAACAGCGAUUUCUUGCGGGAGCUCGUGGUCACCAUUGCCAGGGAGGGCCUCGAGGACAAAUACAACUUGCAGCUGAACCCAGAAUGGCGCAUGUUGAAGAACAGGACUUUCCUGGGCUCCAUCUCCCAGCAGAACAUCCGCUCUCGGCAGCGUCCUCGGAUCCAGGAGCUGGGGAACCUGUGCACGUCCGACUCCCCGGGGGCCGAGGAAGGCCCUGAGAAGCCUCACCUGAACCUCUGGCUGGAAGCCCCAGACCUCCUCUUGGCGGAAAUUGACCUCCCCAAACUGGCCGCUGUGCCUGGUCCGUGUCCUCACCGUCCUGUGUCCCAGGAUGGAGCCCAGGGGCUGUCACUGGAGAUCGGGGAGAACCGUCUGGUGAUGGGGGGUCCCCAGCAGCUGUACCAGCUGGACGCCUGCAUCCCCCUGCCCAUCAACUCCGAGGCGAGCAAGGCGGCCUUCCACCGGAAGAGAAAGCAACUCAUGGUGGCCAUGCCCCUUCUCUCCGUGCCUUCCUGACCAGGGUGCCUCCCUGUGCUUCUCUCUGUGCUUCCAGACGUGGAAAGGAGGCCAGUGGCUUCUGUAAAUAAAGAUGUUUGUCUUUG